CUUUCUGCUUCCGUGCUGCGUAUUAAACGUGGGGGAGCCCUUCUUACCGACUGCUCCUCCCCCUUCUUCCUUUUCUUCGUCUUUCUUGUUCCUUGCCUUUCUUUCGUCUUCCGCCAUGGAAGGAGGAAAGAAGCCUCCCUCGCCGAAGCAUCUCAUAGACGCCAAGGGCUUCCCUUCUUUCCUCAAAACCAGGAGAACCAUGGUGUUUGCUUACGGCUUCAUGGUUGCUUUCAUCCUCUGUACUGGCUUCCUCGCCCUUGGCCCUUCUGUGAACUCUUCCGUCUGGUUCUCUAACUUCUUAUCCUUCAGAACGAACCCUCCCAUUUCUUCUUCUUCCACAUCCUCCUCUUCUUCCUAUUCUUUGACCUUCUCUUCUAUAUUUUCCUACAUAUUCCCUGUUUCAAAUCCCUCAUCUGCAAAUCUUGAUGCACCGGAGAAGGAAGAAACUUUCCCGAGUCCUAGUCGAAGUGUUUCGGUUCCCUCCACUGGUUCCGCACUGCAGCCUCCUCCUCAGGUGAAAAAUGGUGAUGUUUCGAGCAACAAGACAAGCAAGACUCGAAAGGACCCUUCUGCCUCUCCACCUCCUCUUCCUUCAGUGGUGAGUCCGGUGCGAAAGGGUGAUGGUUCUGGCAACACGACGAUUCAGGCUGUUAAAGAUCGCUCUGUAUCUCCUGAUACUCGUAAUGGGGCAGGAAAUAGUUCGGUUUCGUCGGGGAAAGGCGACCGUCCGGCCAAGUCACCGGCGGAUUCCGCCUCUUUGGUUGUAAAUCCGGUCAAGAACAACACUGUUUCCAGCAACAAGACGCUGCAAGUGGAUCAUAAUCUACGUCUGCCUCCACCACCAAGCAAUGGGCCUCAAAACGUCUCGCUUGCUUCUGGCCGAGGCAGUAGUCCGUCCACAAAAGGGGAAGUUUCGAGCCCCCCGGUCGUGAGGCAGGAGAAGAAGGGUGUAAACCUUACAAAUAUCGUCACUUCCGGUGCUGUCCUUCAACCCAACAUAAGUUCCCUGGGAAGCUGGAACAAGUCAGUGGAGGAAAAACCGGUUUCUGACGGCAAGGUUAAGGAAUCCAGUCCUCCAGCAGUGCCUCCAGCGAAACACACUACAGUUCCAGCAAACACUUCCUCCCCCGUGACAGCGACGCCGGUGAAGAAGGAUCCAAGCAAUGCCCCCGCGAAUCUCGUCGAAAAACUGAUCGGAAACGGCAAACCUACUGAGAAAAGCAGCGGGAUGCCGGCGCAACCUUUGGCAGAAUGCGACAUAUUCGACGGAAGAUGGGUGAAGGAUGAUUCUCACCCUCUGUACCCUCCAGGAUCUUGUCCAUUCAUCGACGAGUCCUUCGAUUGCUACCUCAACGGCCGGCCAGAUCGGCAGUACGAAAAAUGGAGGUGGCAGCCUAAGAACUGCAACAUCCCAAGAUUGAAUCCUGGAGAUAUGUUGCAGAGAUUGAGAGGGAAGCGCCUGGUUUUUAUUGGCGAUUCGCUCAACAGAAACAUGUGGGAGUCGUUGGUUUGUACUCUAAGAAACUAUGUCAAGGAUAAAAAAAGGGUGUUCGAGGUAUCGGGCAGGCGGGAAUUCAAAACUGAAGGAUCAUAUGCUAUCAAAUUUCCUGACUAUGGUUGCUCUGUGGAGUUCUUCAGAUCACCAUUUUUAGUUCAGGAAUGGGAGACUCCAGAACCAAAUGGGACUACCAAAGAGACAUUGAGGCUUGACCUCAUAGAGAAGUCUUCAUCGAAAUAUAAGAAUGCUGACAUCUUGGUGUUCAACACUGGUCACUGGUGGACUCAUGAGAAGACAUCGAAAGGGAAGGAUUACUACCAGGAAGGAAACCAUGUUUACAGCGACCUGGAUGUUCAUGAGGCUUACAGGAAGGCUUUGAAGACUUGGGCUAAGUGGGUGGAUGCAAAUGUGGACCCAAAGAAGACACUUGUUUUCUUCAGGGGGUAUUCAUCUUCACACUUCAGUGGUGGGCAAUGGAAUUCUGGUGGCCAGUGUGAUAAUGAAACAGAACCCAUUACAAAGGACGCUUAUCUCUCUUCAUACCCACCUAAAAUGAAAGUGCUAGAAUCUGUGCUCAAUGGGAUGAAGACACCAAUCUCAUACUUGAACAUCACCAGAAUGACUGAUUACAGGAAGGAUGCGCACCCUUCCAUCUACAGUAAGCCAAACCUGACCGAUGAGGAGAGGAGAGCGCCGGAGAGAUUCCAAGAUUGUAGUCACUGGUGUCUGCCUGGGCUUCCUGAAACGUGGAAUGAGCUCCUCUAUGCCAAACUAGUAAUGAUGGGCAAAUAAGACAUGGUGAGUUGGUCUGCAGACAAUCAAUCCUGUACAUAAAUCUACAGAAAGUUGAGAGGAAGACAAUUACUUGUGGGAGUAAGGAGGAGGAAGUGGAGUUUAUACUGUGAGAUUGUGCCUACAAGCUGGUCUACUACAAAAUUUGUUGAGGUAAUAAAUCAAAUGCGAGUCAGUAUACGAAGUUUUAUUUUUUUUUUCUUUCGGUCGAUGUUCAGGUAAUUUUUUUCCUUUUUGUUUUGAAGCCCAUACAGAGGCUGCUAUUGCAUAGUGUAAAGUUAUUUUUAAACUCGGGAGAUAGAAUUGCUACUACUGAAGUGAUCAAGUUUACAAUAAAAUUGAUAAAGAUUUAAUUUCUUUGUA